UCCGGGUUGCAUAAUACCCGGUGCGUGAAUGUCAAGGUAGAAGGUGAGGACGGGGUUAGCGGUCUCGGGCGUUGGGUGCUGUAUUACUGAGGCGACAACCCAGAACUGUCCAUACUCGGAACAGUCAGCCUAGAAGCGGUUUUACAGGAUAACCAGUGUCUGUGGCAGUUCUGGUACUGGAGAUGUCUCUUGGCUGUUCAGUAGUGUCAGAUUCUACCACAUAACUAGUGUGUACUCGGUGUCUAUGACACGGUGAGAGUCUUUGGAGAGUCUUCACUUUCUGUGUCGCAGUAGAAAACUCGCGUGGAAGUCAAUGGUUUAAAGACGGGAUUUCGUGAUGUCAGAGCCACUUGGGUUUCCGGGAAACACGACUGUUUACUCACGGUUGUGGCGUGCCCCAUGUGCAUCACUGGGAAGCGAUCGUACGGAAAACAGCAUUCGGAAUCGUUCGGGAACAAAACUGUUUCGAGCAGAUUUAUUCCAAUUCUGUGACAAGCACGGACAGAAUGUGCGCCUGGCAAAUGGAAAGAAGACAGUGUUGUGGGCCCAGAGUUGUUUUGACGGCAAGUGCUUCAUCUCAGAGCGUCUCUCCAAAGGCGGACAUUUCACACUCAAGCUAUCCGGGAGUGGUUCAAUCCUUCUAGGACUUGCGGACAGACGGCCAAAAUCCGACGAAAUCCAUGAUGUUGAGAAUAAACUGUCAUCAAACUGUGUCUAUUUGCAGCCGUAUGACAUGCAUAAACAGAGGAGCUUCACAGUGUCACUUUCUCGCGAGAGGUCUCGAGAAAUAAAAGUCAAAGGCGAUAAUGACAGAGUACUAACGAUCAACAGCGGAAAUAUCUAUGUGGUCCUUGAGCUGCUGUUUGGAGACUUGGUAGUUGACCUUCUAGCAGAUGAUGGGAAGAAAUAUAAAUUUGACGAGACUUGCGGCCCAAACAUAGAUCUUUCAAGAGACUUUACAACUGUGUGUCUUAAAAAUGCCUAUAGCGAGGCUGUCUGUGCAGCUGGUCGACCUUUAGAUAAAAGGGAGACAAUCCAUCUCAUCUUUAAUCCUGUGGACGAAGCAAGCUGGUGCCACAUGACCACGUAUCUAUCCAAUAAGAGUCCCACAAUGGUGGAUGCACAUAAUAUGGAGAGGGGGAUGAGAUCUCGCGUGAAAUUCAAAAUGCGAGGGUCAGUCCAACUGUGCUUACAAGAUGACAACGUUCCUUGUUAUACAUUGAAUGGACAGAAGAAGUUGGCCGACGUCCGCGACCUUGACAUUACCGCUCCCGUGUACCUCUACAUUCAACUCUUCCGAGUUCGAGUGGACCUUCGAAGCGAGCCAAAACCUCGAACUGUCUCGACUAACUCUUCAAAAUGCGUCAAGGAUGGUCUUGAUCAUGGAUCUAUUCUCAGUGGAAUCCCAAGUGAAUCUCAAAGACCUGCAGUAGACGCUUGUACCACGGGGCGUCGAAUGACAAAGAAAUCGUUCUCGGAUUUGAUCCAGAGCAAUCGCGUUUAUCUGAAAGAAUUCCUUGAUCCACAUCCUUUGGCCGAUCAUCUUGUAGGGGAUCAUAAAAUGUCACCCACAGAAGCAGAAAAGUUUCAGGAAUUGAGACAUAGGCUGGAGAAAUGUGAUAUGGUUCUUCACAUCCUCAUGAUGGACCCAACAACUGAAGGGACAUUUAUAAAAGCCAUGGAAUACCCGGAACACCCCCAGAAACACAUUUUAACUAAGCUCGGCUUGUUGGAAGGGUCGACUUCUGCGGGUAGUGAAGCCUAGGCAGCAAGAAAUAAAUCUGAACUACUGUAGAUUGACUGUUACUGACGAUAAGUCUUUGGAUUUUCGCCAGGGGCAACACUUGCCACGAUAUAUUUGGCUUCCCACGUUUAAUUUCAGCUUAAUAUCCGUUUUGAUAUGUACUAGUGAGUGAGUUGAGUUGACACCACUUUUAGCAACAUU